UCUCUACAAAUGAGACCCAAUACCAAUUUGCAAGUGGGAACCUCGUGCAGGACAGAAGCUUUUCUAAAGAGAUAAAUGCCGAUGGAAAAACCACCAAGCCAGGCUGCAACCAGUUGUACACCCUUGACCACUUUUGUGCAAACAGACUCAAACACUUUCCGAGAGGUUGUGCAGCGGUUAACAGGCCCAUCAGAGAGUGAUGCAGCAGAAGAAGGAGCAGGUACGAAGGGUCCAGGCUUAAAGAGGCCAACUUCUAAACUACAUGAAAGAAGGCAAUACAUGAGGCCCAAACUAGAGAUAGUAAAACCCCCAUUGAGUUUUAAACCUGCUACAUCACCAUCAAGAUCAGGGAGCUCUUGUCUUCUCACAAGUCCUGUGGGCACUCCAUCAACAGUUUUCUCCAAGCUAUCCCUACUAGAAGAGGAAAACAUAGAGGAAUCACCAGAAAGCGAUUUGAACACAGAAGAAGAAGAAAAAGCUAUCAAAGAGAGACGCUUUUAUCUGCAUCCAUCGCCACGGUCAAGAACAGGAAAAAUGGAACCAGAAUUACUUUCUUUGUUUCCUUUAACAUCUCCAAGAACAAAUGAUAAAGCAUGAUUUAAUCCUUUUUUUUUUCCCCUGAGGAACUAAUUGUACCUUUACUGAUUAUAAUGAAGCGUGUAAAUUUAUUUGCCUCAUCAAUGGUCUUGAUGUCAUGAAUGAAUUUCUGAUGAUGAAUGCAUGCAAGGGUCAUAAAACCGACAUGUUCUUCAAAAUAACAAUAGAACUAGAGGGUUGAAUGCCAACUUGCAGCAUUUACUGGAAAGGAUCAUAAAAGCUAUACUCUCUUCAACAUAGCAGUGUAAUUUGUUGUCGAUCAUACCAUGUUUCCCUUCUUCCUGCCAUUAGAAAUAGGGAGUCAAUAUGUUUGUAUUUUAUUUGCACGAUAAACUUUUAAAUUACUUUUUUUUUUUUUUUUCUAGAAAAACACUUUUUCUUUCUCUAAACUCCUGCAUCAUGUUCGGUGCACAUAAAAAAAUCGAAUAUAUUACAUAAGCAUAAUCAAAUUUAUUACAACUGAUUCAUCAAACAUAACUACAUACAACUUGUCAAUUAAUGUGAUAAAUACAAUAGAGCAUUAUUAAAUUUUACAUAAAGAAUUACAUUACACCUAAGAAUUAUCAAAAGAAACAUAACAAC